AGCCUCCAUCUUCCUCCCUUCUCUCUUUCUCUGCCUACACACCAGCCCACAGAAUUCUCUCUCUCCUCCUCCUCCUCCUCCUCCUCCUCAAUUUUGUUCUGUGCGCCGCUCCUCUGCACUCACCUCUAUCGCUAACCGACCAUAGCCCAAACACCUUCCUUCCUCUACAAAAAAGAAAAGAACUCAUGUUCAUACUCAAUCUCCCAACUUCAAAAUUCCUGAAAUAAAAGCCUCGGCCUUUCAUUUCAUACGGUUCUGCUUCGCUGUUGCCCUCUCCGUCAGCCUUGGAUGUCAUGGCCUAAGGUAUAGCGCAUGGGCAGCGUUCUAAAGAUUGCACUACAGCUGGAUGACUAACAUACUCCAUUUUUAUCACUUUCCCGCCAAAAUGCUGCUAGGUGGCAGACCAAAAAACUCUCACUUUAGAUAUUGAUAGAUACUACCUUCUAAUUACAUAUAGUACUCCAUAAACUUACCUAAAUAAAAAAAAUGCAUUGAGAUAAUUUUAGUAAAGCCAAUAAACCCCCCGAAAAACUUGCCACGCGCAAUGGGGCUGUUAAAAUUAAGUAAACUCCGCCGCUGCCCGCCGUCGCUCCACCAUUUCGUCUGCCAUUAUUCCUCAUCCUCUUCGCAUUCACGGUUGACUAGCUCAACCAGCCGGCGCCACCACCAGUACAGUAACAACCGUGGAUGGCUGCUCCGCCACUCAUCUCCUGAUUGCUUAUCUUUUAAUCGGCGGUUCUCCGCCGAUCCCGGCGUCUCCAAAUCGGACGAAUCUCAACCUCCCCUCCUUGUCGAAGCUGCUGAACAGGACGAGCCGUUUCUCGCUGUUCAAGCUGUCAUCUCAAUGCUCGAUUAUUACCAUGAUUUCACAGGCUUUCCAUGGUGGAUAGUGAUCUCAACAUCUACAUUGGCAAUGAGACUUGCAUUGUUUCCUAUUACUGUGGUGCAACUUAAAAAAAUGAGGAGGUUAGGAAUGCUGCUACCUAGACUACCUAGACCAUUCCCACCGCCUCAGUCAGGACUAGGUUUCAUGGACCAAUUUUCCCUUUUCCUUAAGGAGAAGAAGGCAGCUAGGUGCCCGUCAUUGUUUUGGUUCAUCUCCUCAUUUGCUUUUCAGGUCCCUUGCUUUUUAUUGUGGAUUUCAAGUAUCCGUAGAAUGUGCUUGGAUCAUCACCCUGGCUUUUAUAGUGGUGGAACUUUAUGGUUCCAGAACUUGAUUGAAUAUCCACACGGUGCGUUGGGACUUCUGUUCCCAUUCUGCAUUGCAGGCUUGCAUGUCGUUAAUGUUCAGUUGUCCUUUGCAAAGUCACCACUUCAGCAGUUACCAGGCUCCUUAGGGUCCUUAGCAAAGGGAUACAAGAAUUAUUUGUUGAUUUUGACUCUGCCUUUGUUGACUGCUACAUUUAGUAUUCCCCAGGGCAGCUUAGUUUAUUGGCUUUCAAACAGUACAUUGACUUUGAUACAGCAAUUGUGCCUUCGCAAUCCCACUUUACUCAUGUAUUUGGGGGUUCCUAAAGUAAAUACUCCAGUAGAAGUACCGACUAUUAAAAAAGAUGGCAGCUCCCAAACAGCAGAUAUUGCUAUAAUGACAAAGGAAGGAGAAGUACAUGCCCACACGUUAUCACCAGUCGAACUGGUCAAUUACUCUAUCAAAGUUUUAUCUACAGGCCGUGAGGAUAUUGCAAUUAUAUGCCUAAGACUUGCCCUUGAAAAGGACCCUGGGUUCGUAAAAUCCAUGCUUAUUUUGGGGCAAACGCUGUUAAAGAACAAACAAUUUGUUGAGGCUGCUGAGUUAUUUGAAACUGCAAUCUCAAAGCUCCUCGUUGAUGGUGAUCCUACAGAAGUCGAAGAUAUUGAUCUUUUGAUUCUUGUAUCUCAAUGGGCGGGUAUUGCUAACGUGCAGCAGGGCAAGAUGGAGCAGGGUCUUGUGCACCUAAAAAGAAUAGCUCGAAUUAAAGAACCAGAGGAUUCAAAGAGCAAGGCCCACUACUACGACGGUUUUCUCGUUCUUUCAAGUGCAUUAGCGAAUGUUGGCCGCGAAGACGAGGCACUGAAGUACUUGCAGAUGGCUGCUGCUUACGACCCUUCUUACAGUGUGUACAUUGAGCAUUUGAAAAACGAUUCAGAGAAGCCUAGCAGUGAUCCAUCUAACAUCAUAAAAUAGUAGUACUCCGUAUACAUAUAGUACUUCUUUACCAGUUUUUGCUUUUGCUCAAUUGAAAUUGUCAUGCCAUUUUACCCCUGACAGAUAGAGCUGAAAUUAACAGCUGCAAUAAAAAAACAAUACAGUAAAAUAGGAUUAAA